AUGAGUAUAGAAUUAGGUCUCACAAGAAUUGCCAAGUUAUUAGAUCAUAUUGGUAAUCCACAUACUAGUUUAAAAGUCCUUCAUAUAGCUGGUACCAAUGGCAAGGGAUCAGUGUGUUCUUAUCUAUCAUCGAUACUUGGCUACAAUCAAGUUUACAAAGUAGGAAAAUUUACAUCACCACACUUAAUUAAAAUCACUGACUCAAUUACUGUGAACAAUGUACCUGUGUCUGAUUUAGAAUUUAACAAGAUUAGGACUGAUUUGAAAAGUAUCAAUGACCAAUUUAGUUUGGAUUGUUCCGAAUUUGAAUUAUUGACAUGUACAGCCUUGAAAUAUUUUCAUCAAGCUAACUGUAAGUUUUGCAUUUUGGAGGUCGGAUUAGGUGGCAGACUUGAUGCAACUAACGUAGUACCGGGCUCAUCGAAAUAUGCAUGUGGUAUUACAAAGAUUGGUUUAGAUCAUGAAAGUUUCUUGGGCAAUUCUCUUCCUGAGAUUGCUAAGGAAAAAGCUGGAAUCAUUACAGAAGGGAGCAAGUUUGCAGUAGUAGAUGGAUCUAACGAUCCUAGUGUUCUUGAAGUCGUUAAGAAAAGAUGUGAUGCAAUGAAUUGUAAUUUGAUGAUUACCAACGGUUCCGUUGACUCAAAUAAAAUAGAGACCAAAUCAUGGGGACUUUUGAAUUGGAAAAAUCUGCCGUUAAAUGGGGAAUACCAAAUCUUCAACUUGAGAGUGGCGAUAUCGAUACUGGAUCACUUACAAAAAAUCAACAAAAUCAAUGUUUCAAAAAAUGAAUUACAAGAUGGUAUAUUUUCAGUCAGAUGGCCGGGAAGAUUACAAACAAUCAAAUACCAUUAUAAAAAUGGGGACCAAGAUGUCACUGUGCCGCUACUACUUGAUGGAGCUCACAAUGGGAGUGCUGCUGUUGAAUUGGCAAAAUAUCUUAGGAAAACAUUUGGUGACGAUGAAUUAACUUUUAUAAUGGCUGUGACUAACGGUAAGAAGCUGUCUCCAUUGCUUGAUCCAAUUCUAAGGUCUAAAGAUCACGUCGUCAUCACUCGAUUUGGCUCCGUAGAGGGUAUGCCAUGGAUCAAACCGAUAGACCCAACAGAAUUAUCUGAUUUUAUAGAGAAAAACUAUACGAAAAACGUGGAAGUUCAGCCCAGCAUCAAACAGGUCUUAGUUGAUGUAGCGUACAAUUAUAAAUCAAAUAAGAGGCCUGUUGUUAUUUGUGGAUCCCUAUAUUUAUGUGGCGAGAUUUUGAGAGUAUAUAAUCAACAACUUCAAAAAUAA